AUGGAGCUCUGGAACUCCACCAUGGUAAGUGAUUUUAUCUUGGUGGGGAUUCUGGAUGACAGUGGCUCUCCUGAACUGCUCUGUGCCAUAUUCAUAGCCCUUUACAUGUUGGCUAUGAUCAGCAAUGGACUGCUGCUCCUGGUCAUCACCAUAGAUGCCCGACUCCAGGUUCCCAUGUACCUUCUGCUCUGGCAGCUCUCUCUCAUGGACCUCCUCCUCACAUCAGUUAUCACUCCCAAGGCUGUUGUAGAUUUUCUGCUUAAAGACAACACCAUCUCCUUUGGGGGCUGUGCCCUUCAGAUGUUCCUGGAACUGACACUGGGUGGUGCAGAGGACCUUCUUUUGGCCUUUAUGGCCUAUGACAGGUAUGUGGCCAUUUGUCAUCCUCUGAACUAUAUGAUCUUCAUGAGGCCUAGGAUCUGCUGGCUCGGGGUAGCCAUAGCAUGGACCCUAGCAUCUCUGAGUGCAGUAGGAUAUACAGUCUAUACCAUGCAAUAUCCUUUCUGCAAAUCUAGGGAGAUCAGACACCUGUUCUGUGAGAUCCCUCCCUUACUGAAGCUUGCCUGUGCAGACACCUCCAAAUAUGAGCUCAUGGUUUAUGUGAUGGGUGUGACCUUCCUACUUCUUCCUCUUGCUGCCAUUCUUGCCUCUUAUACACUAAUUCUUUUCACUGUACUCCACAUGCCCUCACGUGAGGGCAGGAAGAAAGCCCUUGUCACCUGUUCUUCACACUUGACUGUGGUUGGGAUGUGGUAUGGGGGUGCUUCCUUCAUGUAUGUCCUGCCCAGUUCCUUCCACACCCCCAAACAAGACAAUAUCUUCUCUGUUUUCUAUACAAUUGUUACCCCAGCCCUGAACCCCCUCAUCUAUAGCCUAAGAAAUAAGGAGGUGACUGGGGCUUUGAGAGCCCUGGGAGGACGAAUUUUGCCAGCACAGUCUACAUUCUAA